CUUCCAGAACAUUACAUUUGAAUUUCCUAGACCACCUUCUUAUAUUCGAACAAGUCUGAAAAUCACUGUCUCGAAGGAAGGUCACGCAGUUCAGAAUGGGUUCUCAGGAGCAAGAGCGGGGUAUCCGCAUAGCUAUCGAUCGUGGCGGCACUUUUACGGACUGCGUAGGCAACCCAGGUACGGGGGAAAUGGAAGACGAUGUUAUCAUCAAGCUUCUUUCCGAAGAUCCUUCCAACUACGAAGAUGCUCCGCUUGAGGGCAUUAGGCGACUUAUGUCGAAAUUUCUCAAGAAGGAGAUCCCACGCGGCGAGCCACUGGAUACCGCAAAAAUUCAGUCGAUUCGAAUGGGCACGACAGUUGCCACGAAUGCCUUGCUAGAAAGAAAGGGAGAGAAGAUUGCAAUGGUUGUAACCAAAGGUUUCAAGGACUGCUUGGAGAUUGGUAAUCAAUCAAGGCCCAGGAUUUUUGAUCUAGCGAUCAAGAAACCAGAUGUGCUGUAUGAGAGGGUGGUAGAAAUCGAAGAGCGCGUUACCCUGGAAGACUACGCUGAGGAUCCGGAAAGAAACAUCACGAAAGUUGAAGCUCGUGAAUCUAGAAAUGGCACUGCGGAUCAAGAGUUGGUCAGAGGAUUGUCGUCUGAAGCUGUCCGAAUCUUGCAGCGGCCGGCAGUGGAGACCGUGAAGAAGCAGCUCCAAGAUGUCUAUGACCAAGGGAUCCGUAGCAUAGCAGUGUGUUUAAUGCACGGAUAUACUUUUCCGGACCACGAGGCUUUAGUCGGGCGAUUGGCUCGAGAAAUCGGAUUCAAGCACGUCUCUCUCAGCCACGAGCUCAUGCCCAUGAUAAAACUAGUACCACGAGCAACUUCUGCGUGCGCCGAUGCAUAUCUUACCCCAGCCAUCAAAAAGUACAUUGCUGGGUUCCAGAAGGGGUUCGAAGGUGGCUUGGGAACCGAGAGUGUCAAGAAUGGGAGUGGCGCAAAAGGGGCGAGGUGUGAAUUCAUGCAGAGCGAUGGAGGUCUAGUUGAUGUCAAUAAGUUCUCUGGCCUGAAAGCAAUUUUGUCUGGUCCUGCUGGUGGAGUGGUAGGAUAUGCUCUCACUUCAUAUGAUCCAGAAACCCGAACACCUGUCAUCGGAUUUGACAUGGGUGGAACCUCAACUGAUGUCUCGAGAUAUGGGUCAGGUAGGUAUGAACAUGUUUUUGAGACUACUACAGCCGGUGUGACGAUUCAAUCGCCACAGCUGGAUAUCAAUACUGUUGCUGCCGGUGGCGGGUCUCGAUUGUUUUUCCGGAAUGGACUGUUCGUCGUUGGCCCAGAAUCCGCCGGAGCACAUCCAGGACCAGGUUGCUAUCGAAAAGGUGGCCCAGCGACUGUCACGGAUGCAAAUCUCUUUCUCGGGCGCUUGCUACCCGACUUCUUUCCAAAGAUUUUUGGCAAAAACGAGGAUGAAGGUCUAGAUGUUCAAGCAAGCGAGAAGCUUUUACAAGAACUUGCUGAGCAGGUCAACAAGGAGAAUGGCAAGAAUAUGAGUGUUGAUGAGGUUGCUUAUGGCUUCUUGACUGUAGCAAAUGAGACAAUGACGAGGCCCAUUCGUUCAUUGACCGAAGCGAAAGGCCACGAUACAUCGAAGCAUCGCCUGGCAACUUUUGGAGGCGCGGGUGGUCAGCAUGCUGUGGCUAUUGCUGAAAGUCUCGGUAUUCGGCAGAUUCUAGUUCAUCGAUACUCAUCAGUUCUCUCGGCGUAUGGCAUGGCUUUGGCGGAUGUUGUUGAUGAGCGUCAGGAACCAGAUUCGAAAGUUUGGGCUGACCAAGGAGAUGCGAAAGAAUCGCUGAAGAUGAAAAUAGAGGAACUGAAGAAAAAAUCAAGAGUAGCGUUACAGGAUCAAGGAUUCAAUGAUAAAUCCAUCGUCUACGAGGAGUAUUUGAACAUGCGCUAUCGAGGAACAGAAUCAGCACUCAUGAUUGUUAAACCAGGGAAGGAAGACACCGAGAAAGAGUUUGAAGGUGAUGAAUGGGCAUUUGGGAAAGCCUUCGUCAAGCAGCACCAGCAAGAAUUUGGAUUUACACUUCCAGACAGAGAUAUAAUAGUCGACGAUGUCCGUGUUCGUGGAAUUGGAAAGAGUUUUGAGAGUCUUGGGAAGACGGUGGACCAACAACUGAAAGAGGUAGAACCAAAGGAUAUCAAGACAGGGGACAAGGAAUACAAGCGAUCGAAAAUAUUUUUUGAUGGCGGACGCAAAGACACCCCUAUCUACAAGCUUGAGGAUCUUUCGGUUGGUGAUAGGAUCAAAGGCCCGGCAAUUCUGGCAGAUGGAACUCAAACCAUCGUGGUCACUCCCGGUGCCUCUGCCCUUAUUAUUGAGACACAUGUUGUGAUCAACAUUGGAGAGAAGGAACUCAACGACUCAUCCUCGAAGCCUGACACCACAAAAGAGGUUGAUCCCAUCAUGCUCAGCAUCUUCGCUCAUCGAUUUAUGGCCAUCGCCGAGCAAAUGGGGCGAGCACUCCAGAAAACAAGUGUCAGCACGAAUGUCAAGGAGCGACUCGAUUACUCGUGUGCUCUCUUUGAUUCUACUGGCGGACUGGUGGCCAAUGCUCCCCAUCUUCCAGUGCAUUUGGGAUCUAUGAGUACUUGCGUGAAACGGCAAGCAGAAAUCUGGCGCGGCAGAUUGGUCAAAGGAGAUGUGAUAGUCUCUAAUCAUCCAGAAUAUGGAGGAACGCAUCUCCCCGACAUCACUGUCAUCACGCCGGCUUUCGAUGAGUCCGGGAAUAAAAUUCUGUUUUAUGUGGCCUCGAGGGCUCACCAUGCCGACAUUGGUGGCAUUCUACCUGGAAGCAUGCCCCCUCAUUCGAGAGAGCUGUAUCAAGAAGGAGCUGCAAUCAAGUCUGAGAAGCUUGUCAGCGCCGGAAGAUUCAACGAAGAGAGAAUCACACAGCUUUUACUCACGGAGCCUGCGAAGUAUCCAGGCUGUAGUGGCACAAGAUGUUUAGCAGAUAACAUCUCCGAUCUGAAGGCUCAGGUUUCGAGCAACAUGAAGGGGAUUACACUCAUUUCCACCUUGAUUAAGGAAUAUGGAGAGGAUGUUGUGAAUUUCUAUAUGGUAGAGAUACAGAAUAAUGCCGAGCUGAGUGUCCGCAAUCUGUUGAAAGAUGUCAGCAAGAGAUUUGAAGGCCAAGAUCUCUCUGCCGUCGACUAUAUGGAUGAUGGCAGUCCAAUUAAGCUCAAGAUCACCAUUGAUGCCGAGAAGGGAGAAGCUUUCUUCGAUUUUGCUGGCACAGGACCAGAAGUAUAUGGAAACACAAACGCCCCUCAAGCUGUAACAUACAGCGCGAUAAUAUACUGCCUCCGUUGUCUGAUAUCCGAAGAUAUUCCUCUCAAUCAAGGCUGCCUCAAACCGAUCAAAGUCCUCAUCCCGGCGGGCUCAUUUAUCUCACCCUCCCACAAAGCAGCGGUUGUGGGUGGGAAUGUCCUCACGUCCCAACGAGUGACAGAUGUCAUUCUUAAAGCCUUUCAAGCAUGUGCUGCCUCCCAAGGAGACUGCAACAAUUUAACCUUCGGAUUUGGAGGUAAUAUUGAAGGAGAGGAAAGUACCAAAGGCUUUGGGUACUACGAGACCAUUGCCGGGGGGAGCGGCGCAGGACGUGAUUGGAUUGGGACGAACGGGGUGCACACGCACAUGACGAAUACUCGAAUCACCGAUGCAGAGGUUUUUGAGCGGCGAUAUCCUGUUCUUCUGAGAGAGUUUUCAUUGCGAGCUGGAUCCGGUGGUGCGGGCAAGCACCGUGGCGGUGACGGGGUGAUCAGAGACAUCGAGUUCAGAAUCCCUGUGCAAGUGUCGAUUUUGAGCGAGAGAAGAGUUUAUCACCCUUAUGGACUUGCAGGAGGGGAGGAUGCGCAAUGUGGACUCAACAUUUGGGUGAGAAAGGUGGAGGCGAGUAACCCUGAGAGGUCGGACAAGAUGUUGAACGGAUCGGAUGAGAAGCUUGAAGAUGCCGUGUUUGAAGAACGUCGAAUCAAUUUGGGAGGCAAGAACACGGCCGCUAUGAAGGCUGGUGAGAGGAUUAUCAUUUGUACGCCCGGUGGUGGUGGAUGGGGCAAGGUUGGGGACAAAAUGGAAGCCAAAGAAAAGGAGAAGGAUCCGAAGCGUGGCUGGCAUGGGGGUUCUCAUAUGAGUAGAGAGGAGACCGCUCUUCAGGCUUAGACUAUAGAUUAGAUACCACCGUGAAUAAGCAAUGCUAAAUUUUUGAG